AUGAUGGAGAAGAUGCUCAUGGUCCUGCACCAGAAGGCCUCGGAUCGGAGGAUGCCUGUCUUCCAGCCGUCCUGUCCGCCCAUUCUCAAAGUAACGGUCGACGUGCAGUUUGACACUGGCGUCAAGAUCCAGGUCGGCGGAGCAAAACACGAGGGCCAUGGGCUUCCGGAUGUGUGCAAGGCGGGCAAGACGUCCACCGCCACCUACCUCUCCAACUCUGCGGCUCGCGGGCCCAUGACGAAGGGCUCACUGCGGAUCGAGGACUUCGAUCCCGUCCCCUUCGCAGUCGCCCACAAUGACCAGGGAAGCAACUUCGUCUACAGCAAAGGCAAGUGGAGAUACACUGCGUUGUCUGCCCCAAAGUGGAACUGGCGAGGUCAGGGGGAGAAGCCCACAGAGGGAAAAGCUGCCGACCUCGAGGUCAUCGGCGCAAGAUCGGUGGACAACGUCCCCCAGAUCAAGGUUCACCUGCGGCAUGCCACCGAGACUGAGCUUCGGCGCUGUUUACAGUACCAGGCCCUACGGGAUGCACAGGAGGAUGCCGACUACGACAUGCUGCUGGCACAGGUGACGAAGUCCAAGCAAGCCGGUGUGGAUCGGUCUUGA